UUUAUUUGGAUAACGGUAGAGGUGGGAGCAAAAGCUUCCGCCAUUGAUACUCGGAGGAAUUUCAAUGGCUAUUUCUUCACUCUCUGCCACCAUAAUUCCAUCUCCAACUCUAUUGGGUCCUAUUUCAUCUCUUUCUUCUAAACCUAAACUUCUUCCCUUCUCUGCUUCCUUUACUUCUGUUUCAAAGCUCAACCCCCUUCAAUUUUCGUUGUCCUCGACUAGGGUUUAUGCCGCUCCUGAAGUUCUGGACUCCCCCGGCACCAUUGAACCGCCUCCGGAAAUCUUGGAGGGCUCUGGAGCUGCCGUUCUCGAGGGUGAAGAUUUUGAGGUGCCUGGGACUUCAGCGCUAAGUAUUGGUGAGGAUGUGGAUAAGCUGGCCCCAAAGCAGAAAAUAAGAAUUAAGCUAAGAUCUUACUGGGUUCCACUCAUUGAAGAUUCUUGCAAGCAGAUAUUGGAUGCUGCAAGGAACACGAAUGCAAAAACCAUGGGUCCCGUGCCAUUACCUACGAAAAAGCGCAUCUAUUGUGUUCUUAAAUCCCCUCAUGUUCAUAAGGAUGCAAGAUUCCAUUUUGAAAUCAGAACCCACCAGCGGCUAAUCGAUAUUUUGUACCCUACUGCUCAAACAAUUGAUUCUUUGAUGCAACUCGACCUUCCAGCUGGUGUUGAUGUGGAGGUCAAGCUAUGAAGAGAACACUUUCACCUUGGAAAAGUUCGUUCCCACGAGUCUUUUGUAGGCGAUGAAUUUCAGAGUAUGUGAUCACUGAGGUAUAUCAAAGCUUGAAAUCGUGUAAACGAUAACGAUGGAGCACGUCGUCGUAGAGAGAGUAGCUGGUUCUUGCAGUCUCUUAAUGAAUUGUAUUAACUGAAAUUGAGAAUGGCUGUAUCCAAUAUGCAUAAUCAACUAUUUGCUUAGCCCUAUGAUGAUAUGAUUUUGCUUCUAA